CGAUUCGAUAGUUCGCCGGUCAGAUGCCAACGCCAUUAGGAAGUUAGCUGACCAGUUGUCGUUGGUUUAAAGGUGUGUGUGGUGCUGUUUGGCUUGGAGAGCAAUCGGGGUGUGGCGUGGGGACUUUAAGUUUGUCUCCCCAUGACAGCCCGACUCCAUGGUAGCGAUGGCUCCACCAGCGAUGCAGAGGACCGGAUCUCUGAGGACGACCGCACCAGAGAUGACGUGGAACUCGCCGAGUUGGGACCGCUGCUUGGGAGUCCUGAGAGAACCAAAGACCUUAGGGGUGCGUCAGCGUUCCCUGAUAAGGAAGAGGAGGAAGAGGGAGAGGAAGAGGGAGAGGAAAGUCUGCGGAUGAUCACAAUACCUUUGCAGGCGCACCAUGCAAUGGAGAAGAUGGAGGAAUUUGUACACAAGGUUUGGGAGGGUCGUUGGAGGGUCAUCCCAUUCCACCUUCUACCUGAUUGGCUGAAGGACAACGACUACUUGCUUCAUGGGCACCGCCCACCCAUGCCCUCUUUUCGAGCCUGCUUUGGCAGCAUCUUUAGAAUCCAUACAGAAACAGGCAACAUAUGGACACACUUACUGGGGUUAAUCCUGUUCCUGUGUCUGGGCACACUUACCAUGUUCAGGCCCAAUGUCUACUUCAUGGCGCCUCUGCAGGAGAAGGUGGUGUUUGGAAUGUUUUUCCUUGGUGCAGUGCUCUGCCUCUGCUUCUCCUGGCUCUUUCACACCGUCUACUGCCACUCUGAGAAAGUGUCUCGAACCUUCUCCAAGUUGGACUACUCUGGCAUUGCUUUGCUGAUAAUGGGGUCCUUUGUCCCGUGGCUCUACUACUCAUUUUACUGCUCUCCACAGCCGCGUCUCAUCUACCUCUCGGUGGUGUGUGUCUUGGGCAUCGCUGCCAUUGUGGUGGCCCAGUGGGACCGCUUUGCCACCCCACGCCACAGACCCACCAGAGCAGGUGUAUUCUUAGGACUCGGGCUGAGCGGACUCAUACCCACAAUGCACUUCACCAUCGCGGAAGGUUUUGUCAAAGCUACCACAGUAGGGCAGAUGGGCUGGUUUUUCCUGAUGGGUGCCAUGUAUGUCACAGGGGCUGGACUAUAUGCAGCCAGAGUUCCUGAACGUUUUUUCCCAGGAAAAUGUGACAUCUGGUUCCAGUCACACCAAAUAUUCCAUGUUCUCGUGGUGGCAGCUGCCUUCAUCCAUUUCUAUGGAAUCUCCAAUCUGCAGGAGUUUCGCUUUGGCCUGGGAGGAGGCUGCACAGAUGACUCGCUCCUAUGAGCAAUCACCUCCUUUUUCCUUAUUGUCACUGCAUCCCACCAUCUCAGCUCUGGUGUGGCAGCCAUCUCAUCACUGGAACUCUGGAACACAAAAUAGAUAAUAUGUCACUUUGGUCACCUCACUAAGAAUCCCAAUCAAACACUGUAAUUGCUUUAAAUAUUUGGAUGAUUUUAGAUAUAAAAUGAACAUUUUUUUGAGAUGGUAUGUAGUAUUUAAGAUACUAUUAUUAUAAAUGUACUUGAAAAAAAAAAAGCUAUCUUAAGGAAAUAUUUGCUUCGGUUUUACCUUUGCACACAUUUUCAUUACGUAUAUUCUAAAUAUGCAACUGGUAAAAAAAUAUUACUGUCACACAACUGUGGGUAUCUUCAUUGGAGCUAUUCUGUUUCUGCCUUAUUUACACACACUUUGUGGAUACUUAAUUUUGAUCUAUUAUUGCCUUGAAAUUUCCAUGAUCUGUGCUUAGAGUUUGUGAAUGUUACAGAACUCAUUGAUCAGUGAUAGUAAAUUACAUUCAGACGUUAAGGGACUUUGAGAUUGCAAUGUCUUGUCUUGAUUAGCUCUGUAAUAGCAUAUUUGGCUAAUAGAAAGUAUGUGUUUCAAACUGGAAUGACAUUCCAGUCAACCCUGAAAGAACAGCUGAUAUGCAUUAAUUCAUAGCAUAGAUGUUUUUCUUUGUU